UGUAACCGUACAAAAAGUCACUAAACUGUUUAGAAUGCCGAAACAUGAUUGUAUCACAGUAUCAGUGCCCAACGCCGACAGACCAGAUAUGUUACGACGUUAAUUUUAUCAAAACUUUGAAUGCCUGAUUAAUUAAUCUAAUUAUUUUUAUUAUUAUAUUAAUAAUAUUAUAUUAUUUUUAUAUUGUUUUAAUUUGUUAUUAUUUAAAAAAAUGGGUUACAAAUGUUUCAUCUGUGGAGUUAAAAAGGAAAGUAAUAAUAAUAUUAAACUAUACAAGUAAGUUAAUUAUUUAAUUUGUCCAUUUUGUAUACAACAAAUUUGACAAUCUAUUAAUGACAUAGGUUUCCAAAUGAUGAUAUUUUACAUACCGAGUGGUUAAAGAAGUGUGGAAUUAAAAAAUCUUUAUUGUCGUACAGAAUUUGUAAUAUUCACUUUUCGCCUAUAGUGAUUAAACAAAAUAGACUUUUAAUGCCCCAUGCUGUCCCGAGUCUACAUCUGAGUACAAAAAUUAAUUUAACUUCCAAUAACGACAACCUGUGUAGUCCGUAAGUAAAUUUAUUUGUCUAUACCCAAACAGCUAUCCUAUUAUAAAAUAUACACCAAUGUUUUAGUAAAAUUCAUAUAAAUAAUUAGGUACCCGUCAAAUGAGGAUGGUUCACCAGAAAAUGUUCAACCUUCUACCAGCUCUGAAUUAAAGUGUGUACCUACGUAUUAAUAUAUUUUUUUUUUUAUAUUAGGUACAAUUUCAUUUUAAAUGUAUGUAUGUUUUGUAAUUUUUAGUACAUUAUCUCCGCACACACAUAUCAAAAAACGACUUUCAAUAAGUCAUCCUAGAUAUUUCAAUGAUUUAUCUGAAAAACAUUUUGAUACUCCGGAAAAAGUAAGAAGUAAUCUUGCAUUUGCAAAAAAACAAUAUAAUGAUAUCAAAAAGAAAUUUAAAAUUGUACACGAACGCAAUAAAAGAUUGAUCAAAAAGAUAAAGGCUUAUAAAGAUGUAAUUAAAAAAAUAUAAGGCAGAAACUUUUAAUAAAAUUGACUUCUGAUUCAG